GCCGGAAAGGGCCCAGCCUCGACAUGGAAGAGCAGAGGCGUUCUGUGGGCUGGGCUGAGAGCCUCCUCCCUGAGACAGCCUCGGCUUGACCCCCGGCCCGGGAGGGAUCGAGCCAGGGGGCUGUCUUAGUAAUUCCGGGAGCCUCCACCCCUUGGUGGCGGAGACACGGAGGGCGGGUCGCGCUCGAGGGUCAGGGAGGAGAGUGACCCGGCCCGGAUUCAGGGCCCUCCCCAGUCGCCUGGCGGCCCGAACUCCAGCCCCGGGGAGUGGGCAGGGCCUGUUUCUGUGCCUCACGCCCUGCUUUUCGCCUCCUUUAGCGCUGUCUGCUAGCUGCUUUUCCUGCUCUCUCUCUCCUGGGAGGCGAAUCCUUGAGCCCGAGAUGGCAGCCACCCUGCUCAUGGCUGGGUCCCAGGCACCUGUGACAUUUGAAGAUAUGGCCAUGUAUCUCACCCGGGAAGAAUGGAGACCUCUGGACCCUACACAAAGGGACCUUUACAGGGAUGUUAUGCAGGAGAAUUAUGGAAAUGUUGUCUCAUUAGAUUUUGAAAUCAGGAGUGAAAAUGAGGUGAAUCCAAAGCAAGAGAGUAGUGAAGAUGUGGAAUUUGGGACUGCAUCUGAAAGACCUGUUGGUAAUACUGAGGACAGUCCUGAAAGUGAAGAGGGCUUUGAAAACAGGGAUAGAUCAGAAAGACAAUGGGGAGAUCUAACAGAAGAGUGGGUAAGCUAUCCUCUCCAACAAGUCACCGAUCUGCUUGUCCACAAAGAAGUCCAUACAAGCAUCCGAUAUCAUAUAUGUUCUCAUUGUGGAAAGGCCUUUAGUCAGAUCUCAGACCUUAAUCGACAUCAGAAAACCCACACCGGUGACAGACCCUAUAAGUGUUAUGAAUGCGGAAAGGGCUUCAGUCGGAGUUCCCACCUUAUUCAGCAUCAAAGAACACACACUGGAGAGAGGCCCUAUGACUGUAAUGAGUGCGGGAAAAGUUUUGGAAGAAGCUCUCACCUCAUUCAGCAUCAGACAAUCCACACUGGAGAAAAGCCCCAUAAAUGUAACGAGUGCGGAAAAAGUUUCUGCCGGCUCUCUCACCUAAUCCAGCACCAAAGGACCCACAGUGGGGAAAAACCCUAUGAGUGUGAGGAGUGUGGGAAAAGCUUCAGCCGGAGCUCUCACCUAGCUCAGCACCAGAGGACCCACACAGGUGAGAAGCCUUACGAAUGUAACGAAUGUGGGAGAGGCUUCAGUGAGAGAUCUGAUCUGAUCAAACACUAUCGUGUCCACACGGGGGAAAGACCCUACAAGUGUGAUGAGUGUGGGAAGAAUUUCAGUCAGAACUCCGACCUUGUGCGCCAUCGCAGAGCCCACACAGGGGAAAAGCCAUACCACUGUAAUGAAUGUGGGGAGAAUUUCAGCCGCAUCUCACACUUGGUUCAGCACCAGAGAACCCAUACUGGGGAAAAGCCAUAUGAAUGUAAUGCCUGUGGGAAAAGCUUCAGCCGGAGCUCUCAUCUUAUCACACACCAGAAAAUUCACACUGGAGAGAAGCCCUAUGAGUGCAACGAGUGUUGGCGAAGCUUUGGUGAAAGGUCAGACCUAAUUAAACACCAGAGAACCCACACAGGAGAGAAACCCUAUGAGUGUGUGCAGUGUGGAAAAGGUUUUACCCAGAGCUCCAACCUCAUCACACAUCAAAGAGUUCAUACGGGAGAGAAGCCUUAUGAGUGUACCGAAUGUGAGAAGAGUUUCAGCCGGAGCUCCGCUCUCAUUAAACAUAAGAGAGUUCACACUGACUAAGUCCUGUAAUUAUGACUGAGAAAUGAUUCAUUUGAAGGUACAAUUUUAUUUGAUAUCAAAGAGCUCUCUCAAGACUGAGCUGCUUUUACUGUACUGAAUUUCCUUGUUGUGGGCCACAGUUUAGAACAUCAAAGAAGACAAGCCACUUGAAAUUCUGAUCCAUGGCUUUGGGAAUGGUAUUCCUUCCUCCAAAAUAGUGAUUUUUAUUCACCCAAUAUUAAUGAAUUAUUUCAUCAAAAUCAGCCCCACAAGUAACUGGAAAUCUGAAGACCAGGUGCUAAAUGCUGAUAAAUGCUUAGGCCUGGAAAUGGAGUAAAUCUUUAAAAGUAAUUUCUCCCAUCCUUGGCCCAAAGAACUAUGCUAGGGGAAAUAUUGACCUGUGAUAGGGUGGUCACAGCUGCUUUGGUAAAAGACAACCAGAGACUUUGCCUGAAUUGCCACACCUAUUCACUCACCAUGGUAGCUGGGCACACACAUCUUCCCUUCAAAGGGCUUUCUCCUUGAGUUGCUCAUGCAUUUGUAUCUUUCUGUCUUCCUAAGAGCAGGAUUCUGCAUGAUGAAGGCAAUGAUCAUAACAUUUUGCCUCAUUGUUUCUAACUAACUUUUUUAAAGCUUUCAUGUUUGUGGAAGCUAACUGAAGAUACAGAUUAAAAGGAAAAAUGAGACAUAGGUUUGGGGACCAAGGACUCAUCAACAGUGGUGACUUUAGCAAGAGAUGCCCACUGUUAUUGCCAUUAAUCAGAAUUUAUUAAUUUUCUUUGGGGAUCACUGUAGGGAAUAUUGUAGGGAAAAUAUCUUCAAGGAAAGAUAGGACCAUAAGUGAUGGUGGAGUGUAAGGAGCAAGUGGAAUUGACCACUUCAGGGAAGGAAACACAGAGUCCCUUCCCAAGGAAUGCAGGUCAUUUCUCUGUUCUUUCCCCUCUACCCUUUAAGAUCAAUUCUCCCUAUACUGCUAACUCUAGGAUUUGAUAAGGGCCACAUCCCAGUGUUUAUCUUAGCUUGCAUAAGGGCAUGUGUAUGUACAUGUAAAACGUGUAUUCCUGUCGUUUUUCCAAUAGCAGAAACUGAAUUCACACUGAAUUAGCAUGUUCUUGGGUGAUAUUGAUCAUGUGACAGAACUACAGACAUAACUCCAAUGUGAGAAAUGUCCUUUUUUUUAUUCUUUAUGAAAAAAAAUUGAAACACUAGUGCUGUAAUGUGUACUCUCCUGUAAGAUCUGUCUUUGUACAGAACGAAGCACUUGUUUAUAUGUACCAGUCAGUUGGAGAUUAUUACCAGACAAAUAGGUUGAUUGUCCUGUUCUCAGACUGAAUUAUCUUCUCUUUGGCCUAGUCACGGGGAAUUAAUAAAACUAGAUAGGAAUGUAUUUCCAUUCUCCCAGCCUACAGAUUUAAGUGGUUAAUGUAAGAGUUGACCCAAUUUAAGCCCAGUACUGUCAGUUCUCCUUAUCUCAGCCCAAAUAGGAAUUAAGAAAUAUCCCAAAUGUUGAUGCUUAUCCAAGCAUUUGGGGGUGGGAGUUGGAGGGAACUGAUGCCCAGGAGAUGGGACUAGAGUGAGGAAUAUAUAUUUUUUGAGCCUGCCCCACGUUUUUUCUACUGUAUUGUGAGUGUUGUAACGUUUGAAAAACUUGCCAUAGCUCUUUGGGACUUGGCGUUAAAGGAGCCAGUGGUCUCCCUUGGGUAGUAUACUAUAGUGAUUUAUUAUGACCCACAACCAUGUGGGUCUGCAUCCCUUGCAAAUGACACAACCUCAAAAGUAACAAUGAAAAACCACUCCACCAAGUACAUGUCUUUAUGUUGUCACUCUUAUUUAAAUACAAACUUGGGCAGGGAGCAUGUUUUUUCUUCUAUACAAAAUUUAGCUGACUUUGGAUAUUCAUAUUUUAAUUGUUGAAUGACUUACAUGUUCUUGAUGACUAAACUCAAAUGUCUUUUUCCUGUAUCAGUGUUGCUGGCGGUUUUAAUGAAUAUCAAAGUUCUCCUGUU